AUGCGGUUGCUUUGGAUGCUGACAUUACUUCAGGUCUCCCCUGGCCUGACGGCCUGGCUUUGGGCUUCGAAUAGCGAGAUCCGGUCAUAUCGGCAAGGCAAACGCGCUAGACAAACGUUGCAGGAUAAUUACUCCCCUGUACCAGCAAGUCAGGAUCAUCACCACAAAGAUUUUCGGCCCUUCCGUAUUGUCGCAAAUUCCUCGGAACCAGAUACAAAUUCCACCAUAGGAGGAACACCACCGAGCAUAACCCCUAUUCUGGAACCGUCCGGACCCGAGUCUAACCCGGCAAAUACCACUAUGCCUCUGCCAAAAGACAUCUUCGGCACGCCAAUUGCAACAAACGCCCCUCCGGCGUCUUUCCCGGUUCGAAAAGACCAUCCGGUUGCCCGAACAGGGAUAAAUGGACCGGCGCCUAUAGGCACGAAUAAAUUCUACGCCAACUUCUUCCUUGGUAAACAGGUCUCGCCUACAUAUGUGCAUCCGUACUCAGUAGUUUGGUCGCAGGGCCAAGGGGCCUCGUCCAGCUGGGGGUUAGCGAUUUCACAUACCGAAGCAGACCAGAUUACCUACGGCGAAGUGUCAAACGAGACAGGUGCCGCUAGAUAUUUUCUUAACCCCCUUGGUAUUCAGUCCCUGUGUCUCUCCGCGCAGGAACUAGGACCACAGACUACUUUGACAACCGAUAGUCUUUCCUCGCAAUCAGCCAAUGUCAACCUACAAGUCGACUCCAAAGCGACGCCAAUAGUCACAUUCCCACUGGUGCAAGGCAUGGGGUUUGUCACGGCUAUCUACAAAGGAGGGACGCCGGUUAUCACCACUGGUAUUUACUUCAAAACGGUUACGAAAUCGAUCAAGGGACCCAAGGAUGGUGUGACCAAGUACACCUUAUAUCUCGAAAACGGUAAAGUGUGGCAUGUGUACGCCUAUUCGGAAAAGGGUGACACAUUCGACCUCACUGUAGUCAACAACAAACUGGCUAAGGCUGAGAAACCUUUCAAUGGUAUUGUCCAGGUCGCAAAGGAUCCAGGUAAUGCUGAAAAAAUAAUUGAUACUGCAUCUGGGGCAUAUCCGAUCAAUGUAACACUUUCUGGCUCCAUUUCCGGGUCCAAGGGCACAUAUAAAUUCACCUACAAAAAAGGAGGACUCUCGAGCGCGAAAUUACUGAUGUACGCCUUGCCUCAUCAUUAUGACGCUUUUGAUGAUGCUACAUAUAAAAGUAUGACUCCGGCAAAGCUGCAGACCACAACCAAGGGAAUGGCAGUAGGGGUUGUUGCGGAUUCGUGGACAAUGGUUGAACCGAAUAUGCCCAUUUCGAUGGGGUUCGCUCCUUGGGAUCCCGUCGACGGCGAGAAGAAAACUCUCAGCGAAUCGGCAAUCAGUCAGAUCAGUCCAAUUGCGGUUAAUGAGACCGCUCAGGAUGUAUCACAGCAGUCGGAUCAAAACUCUAUGUAUUUUGGCGGAAAGGCUCUGGCGAAAUUUGCCGGAAUUUGUUACACGGCCAAUGACUUGCUCAAGAACACGACGUUGAGUCAGACUGGUCUGAAGAAAUUGAAAGUCGCCUUUAGUCGAUUUGUAACAAACAGGCAACAAUUUCCGCUGUACUACGAAUCUGCUUGGGGAGGGUUGGUCUCUUCGGCAACCUACAAGACAGGAAAUAACGGCGCGGACUUUGGUAACACUUUCUACAAUGAUCACCAUUUUCAUUACGGCUAUUUCAUCUAUGCCGCCGCCAUCAUCGGCUACCUUGACCCUGGUUGGCUUACCAAAGAAAAUGUCGACUUUGUAAAUACGAUGGUCAGAGAUAUCGCCAAUCCUUCUCCCUCGGACAAAUAUUUUCCAAUAUUCCGUAAUUUCGAUUGGUAUCAUGGUCACAGCUGGGCUCAUGGUCUAUUCGAGACGGCCGAUGGAAAGGACCAAGAAUCAAGUUCGGAAGAUGCGAUGCACGCCUAUGCUAUCAAGAUGUGGGGAAAGACAAUCAAGGAUUCCAAUAUGGAGGCCCGGGGUAAUCUGAUGCUAGCCGUCAUCGCUCGUUCUCUCAGCCGAUAUUACCUCUAUACAGAAGACAACAAGGUACAGCCUCCGGAUUUUGUCGGAAACAAGGUUGCUGGUAUUCUUUUCGAGAAUAAGUGCGAUCAUACGACGUACUUUGGAUCGAAUAUUGAGUACAUCCAAGGCAUUCAUAUGAUACCGCUCUUACCCAGCACGAAGCUCACUCGACCCGCUAAGUUCGUUAAACAAGAGUGGGCGACGUACUUUGAUAAUGGACGAGCCGACAAUGUUGAAGGAGGAUGGAAGGGAAUUCUUUACGCUAACCUGGCUACGGUCGACCCUCAAACCGCAUGGAAAUUCUUUACGCAGAAGGACUUCGAUUCCUCAUGGUUAGAUGGGGGCGCUUCGUUGACGUGGUAUCUGGGGUACUGCGCAGCCUUCAUGUGA